AUGGUGAUCCUAGCGCAGCAUAGCAACAACCUCAGCACCGGGCUCAGCUCCGUGUCGGACCCCGCCGCCGGCGCGCUGAGCCGGGCCGGUCACACCGCGGCCGCCGUGGUCCUCGGGUUCAUCCUGGUCCUGGGCUUCCUCGGUAACUUCCUCGUACUGGUGGUUUUCUCGCGCUUCCCCCGGUUGCAGACCCCCGUGAACCUGCUGCUCAUCAACAUCAGCGCCAGCGACAUGCUCGUCUGCAUCUUCGGGAUUCCGCUCAGCUUCGCGGCCAGCGUGCGCGGCAGGUGGCUGACCGGCUCCUACGGGUGCCGGUGGUACGGUUUCUCCAACGCGCUUUUUGGCAUAGUAUCCCUGGUGUCUCUCUCUCUGCUGUCCUUUCAGCGGUACUCUGUGGUGCUCCGGAGGACACAGCCGGACUCCUCUCAGUACCGCCGGGCCAGGCUCGCUGUCGUCGCCUCCUGGCUCUACUCGCUGGUCUGGACUCUGCCGCCGCUGCUGGGCUGGAGCAGCUACGGGCCGGAGGGUCCCGGCACCACCUGCUCGGUCCAGUGGCACCAGCGCUCGGCCACAGCUCGCUCCUACAUCAGCUGUUUGUUCAUCUUCUGCCUGCUCCUGCCACUGCUGCUCAUGAUCUUCUGCUACGGGAGGAUCCUGCUGGCUCUGCGAGCGGUGGCGAGGCAGGUCAGCAGGAUCAACCCAUCCUCAGCUGAGCGGAGGGAAGGCCGCGUCCUUCUGAUGGUGGUCUCCAUGGUGACGGGCUACCUGCUGUGCUGGAUGCCAUAUGGUGUCAUGGCGUUGCUCGCUUCCUUUGGACGGCCCGGUGUGGUACCGCCUGCCGCCAGUUUGAUCCCCUCACUGCUGGCAAAGAGCAGCACCAUCCUCAACCCGGUUAUUUAUGUGCUGCUCAACAACCAGUUCUACAGGUGUUUUCUGUACAUGAUCAGGUGCGGCUCAGAAGCUCCGCCCACCCCGGUCCACCACACACUGCCCAGCAGGAGGGGUGCGUGGCUUCAAGCCCUCAACCCGCCCACCGAGGAACAGAACACGGAGACUCCCAUGUUCCCAUCCAGACAGCUGCAGGUAGAGCAGCCUGCCCUGGUGCUAGUGGAACAUUGUGCAACAUAG